CACGUACGUUAUUUAUGUCAAGGUCAAUGUCAAGGUUGAUCUGUGUGCUGAGGAGAUGGGGAACAACGUGCAACCUGCUGCUGCUCUCCUGUGGGACAUCAUUACUAUUGUCAAGCAGCUCCUGGAGGACGUUCAUAAAGAUGGCUGAAGGUAUCCAGCUGAUACAGAAUGGUGGACCACGUUGAAAGAGAAGAUGGUUGCUAUGACAAAGGUGACAAAGGAGUUAGCUCUACAGUCGACAACACCCAUGAACUACUACCAAGUGUUCCACCACAUCUCCCAGCUGCUGCCCCACGACUGUGUCAUCGUGAGUGAGGGGGCCAACACCAUGGACAUCGGGCGCACCAUGUUGAACAACUACCUUCCUCGACACAGACAAGGCAUGCCGCCUCACACAGAGAUCAAAGGUCAAAUCCGCCAAGUAUCCUGUGCCUUUGCCCUGAAGACAAGAAUGAAUGAGUUGGGAUCUGUUGAUAGUUCUGCCUGAGAAGACUUCUCAAUGGAGUGCUGCCUGACAGGCUGACUGGAUGACUUCUCAAUGUAGUGCUGCCUAACACGCUGACUGGAUGACUUCUCAAUGUAGUGCUGCCUGACAGGCUGACUAAAUUACUUCUCAAUGUAGUGCUGCCUGACAGGCUGACUAAAUUACUUCUCAAUGUAGUGGUGCCUGACAGGCUGACUAAAUUACUUCUCAAUGUAGUGCUGCCUGACAGGCUGACUAAAUUACUUCUCAAUGUAGUGCUGCCUGACAGGCUGACUAAAUUACUUCUCAAUGUA